CAACAAACAGCAGAAAGCAGUAACAACCGCAGCAGCAGCAGAACACAAUUUUUUCCACAAAAUUUUUGCAUUGUUCAACUUGAACGCCAGCGUCAACCUUAACGCCGACUAACUGUAAAUUACAACAGCAGCUCCAAAAUGGCACGCCACUUUGAUCAUAUGUUCAAGUUGCUUAUAAUUGGCGACAGCGGUGUGGGCAAAUCAUCGCUCCUCAUACGGUUCUCAGAUGACACAUUCUCGGGCAGUUAUAUAACGACAAUUGGCGUCGACUUCAAAAUACGUACCGUCGAGAUCAAUGGCCUGCGCGUCAAGCUCCAGAUCUGGGAUACCGCUGGCCAGGAGCGCUUCCGUACCAUUACCAGCACCUAUUAUCGUGGCACGCACGGCGUCAUCAUUGUUUAUGAUGUCACGAAUGGUGACUCCUUUGCGAAUGUACGUCGCUGGCUGGAGGAGAUUCAGAACAAUUGCGACGUGGUCAACAAAGUAUUAGUGGGCAAUAAGAAUGAUGAUCCGGAUCGUAAGGUGGUCAUAACGGAGGAUGCGCAACGUUUUGCGCGGCAAAUGGAUAUUGAGCUGUUCGAGACAUCCGCCAAAGACAACCUCAAUGUGGAGGAUAUGUUUCUGUCCAUAACGCGACAGGUGUUGGAUCAUAAGCUGCGUACCGCCUCCGAUGAACAGCAAAAGGAUCGAAUCAUAAUAAAACAGAACAAGAACAAGGGGAAAUCUAACAAAUGUUGCAGUUGAAAGCGAUGGAGCAGCAGCGGCAGCAGCAGCAGCAGCACUAGUAGCGAUAGCAUGUUGACGAGGAUACGUCGUGGGGGCGCGUAGUACAGGUUCAUAUGGCACACACACACAUACACAACUUAAACAUUGUUAGACAAACAUAUGUAGUUUACACACAAACACACACGAGACAAUUUUUUUUGUUUUUUUUUUUGUUUUAAUUUUUAUAGAUGCCUCAGAGCCAUUAAAAG